AUGGGUCUCACAUUCUCGAAGCUGUUCGACAAGCUGUGGGGCAAGAAGGAGAUGCGCAUCCUGAUGGUUGGUCUCGACGCCGCCGGAAAGACCACAAUUCUAUACAAGCUCAAGCUUGGUGAAAUCGUCACCACCAUCCCCACUAUUGGCUUCAACGUCGAGACCGUCGAGUACAAGAACAUCCAGUUCACCGUGUGGGAUGUCGGAGGCCAGGACAAGAUCCGCCCCCUCUGGAGGCAUUACUUCCAGAACACCCAGGGUAUCAUCUUCGUCGUCGACAGCAACGAUCGCGAUCGUGUUGUCGAGGCUCGUGAGGAGCUCCAGCGUAUGCUUAACGAGGACGAGCUCCGGGACGCCAUGCUCUUGGUCUUCGCCAACAAGCAGGAUUUGCCUAACGCCAUGAACGCUGCUGAGAUCACUGACAAGCUCGGCCUCCACAGCCUCCGACAACGCGCUUGGUACAUCCAGUCCACCUGCGCCACGAGCGGAGACGGCCUGUACGAAGGUCUCGAAUGGUUGAGCAAUUCGCUCAGGAAGGCCGGCCACAACUAA